AGAGUCGAUUGCCGAGUUGUAGAUUGCGACCUGCACACGGUGGUGUGAAACCAAAAGAUACAGAACAUUCUCGUUUUGCAGGAUAUUUCUGUUCACAUUUUUCCUCUUCCUCCGUGGUUCAAAUCGAUAUAUGCAAUUAUCGUGUUUAUUUUUAAAGAAGUAGCCUAUUGUCAAUGCGGAAACCUUUAUUGAAGUAACCAUCUAGAUAACUUGUUUCUCGAGAAGUGUUCGUGAACCGUGCUUCCCAGCCAUGACAGGCCUGGGGAGUUACUGUGGAGACGAUGGCUCAAUGAGCCAGGCCUGGGUGGAGAACGGGCUCUCGCCCUGCUUCUACUUCACCCUGGUGCCCACCGUGCUGCUCACCCUCGCCUUCUUCUUCGGCACCUUCCACUGCGUGUGCUACCGGCGCUACGGCACGCCGAUGGAGCCAAAGUUCAUCCCGCGGUCCCGUCUGUACGGUAUGCAGCUGGGCGUGUCGGCGCUGCUGCUGCUGCAGUUCCUCGGCUACGUUGUGUGGCGGGCGGCGCAAGGCGGCGUGCUGCCGGGGUUCGUGCUGCUGUACGGGCUGCUCUCGGCGCUGAGCUGGGUCUGGGCCGUCGCCAUGCUGCGUCUGGAGCGCCAGCGCGUGCUGCUGCGCGAUCGGACCCGCGGGCACAGCACCGUCCUGCUGCUCUUCUGGGCCAUGGCAUUCGCCGCGGAGAACCUGGCCUUUGUCUCUUGGUGUAGCCCCCUCUGGUGGUGGGGUCUGGAAACAACACAAAAGCAGGUGGAUUUUGGACUCUGGCUGGUCCGUUACAUUGGCACGGGGACCCUCUUCUUCAUCGGCCUGAGGGCUCCGGGGUUACCACGGAGACCGUAUAUGCUCCUGAUCAACGAAGACGAGCGCGACGUGGAGCACGGGCAGCCUCUGUCGGCAGGGGCCGAAUCGCAGUCCACCUGGAAGGAUUUCGGGAAGAAGGUGCGCCUGCUGGUGCCCUACAUGUGGCCCCAGGGCAACGCGCUCCUGCAGGGCCUGGUGCUGCUGUGUCUCUGCCUGCUGGCCUGCGAGCGGGCCAUCAACGUGUUCGUGCCCAUCUACAACAGGAACAUCGUGAACGAACUGUCGGACGGAAGCAGCUGGAAGACUCUGGUGACCACCGUGUGUGUGUACGUGCUGCUCAAGUUCCUGCAGGGCGGUGGAGCAGGCUCCUCCGGGUUUGUCAGUAACCUGCGCUCCUUCCUGUGGAUCAAGGUGCAGCAGCACACCAACCGCGUGGUCCAGGUGCGCCUCUUCGGCCACCUGCACUCGCUGUCGCUGCGCUGGCACCUGGGGAGGCGCACGGGGGACGUCCUGCGUAGCAUCGACCGCGGCACCUCCUCCAUCAACAGCCUGCUCAGUUACAUCGUGUUCAGCAUACUCCCCACCAUCGCUGACAUCGUAAUCGCCAUCGUGUUCUUCAUCUCGAACUUCAACGCCUGGUUCGGCCUCAUCAUCUUCAUCUGCAUGUUCCUCUAUCUCACGCUCACCAUCGUCAUCACGGAAUGGCGGACCAAGUACCGCCGCGAGAUGAACACUCAGGACAACAACGCCAAGUCCAAGGCCGUGGACUCCCUGCUGAACUUCGAAACGGUGAAAUAUUACAACGCGGAGAAUUACGAAGUGAAUCGCUUUCAGGACGCCAUCCUUAAGUACCAGGUGGCCGAGUGGAAGACCAACGCCUCCUUGGCCUUUCUGAACCAGACCCAGAAUCUGGUGAUCGGGUUGGGCCUUCUGGCUGGAUCUCUGCUUUGUGCCUACUUUGUCACGGAGAAUAGAUUUCGGGUGGGUGACUAUGUUCUUUUUGGGACUUACAUCAUCCAGCUGUACACCCCUCUGAACUGGUUUGGUACCUACUACAGAAUGAUCCAGAACUCCUUCAUCGACAUGGAGAGCAUGUUUAAGCUCUUCACAGAGGAGGAAGAGGUGAAGGACGACGUCAACGCCGGGAACCUCCUGUACAAGCUGGGGAAGGUGGAGUUCGAGAACGUGCACUUCAGCUACAUGGAAGGGAAGGAGAUCCUGAGGGACAUAUCCUUCACCGUCAUGCCCGGGCAGACCAUGGCUCUGGUCGGCCCGUCGGGAUCGGGCAAAAGCACCAUUAUCCGGCUGCUCUUCCGUUUCUACGACGUCCAGGGGGGCUGCGUGCGCAUCGACGGGCAGGACAUCUCCAAGGUGAAGCAGACGUCGCUCCGGGCGCACAUCGGCGUGGUCCCGCAGGACACGGUCCUCUUCAACGACAACAUCCGCGACAACAUCCGCUACGGCCGCAUCUCCGCCACCGACCAGGAAGUGGAGGAGGCCGCACAGGCCGCCGACAUCCACGACAAGAUCCAGGCCUUCCCCGACGGGUACGACACGCAGGUGGGCGAGCGGGGACUGAAGCUGAGCGGGGGAGAGAAGCAGAGGGUGGCCAUCGCCCGCACCAUCCUCAAGGCCCCGCAGAUCAUCCUGCUGGACGAGGCCACGUCCGCCCUGGACACCCAGACGGAGCGCAACAUCCAGGCCUCGCUCACCAAGGUGUGCGCCAACAGGACCACCAUCGUGGUGGCGCACAGGCUGUCCACCAUAAUCGGGGCCGACCAAAUCCUGGUUCUGAAGGACGGGCAGAUCGCUGAGCGGGGACGGCACGAGGACCUGCUGGCCAAGGACGGCCUCUACGCCGACAUGUGGCUGAAGCAGCAGCAGGCCCACGAUUCCGACUCCGCCUCCGACACGGAGAGCAAGGAUCAGCAGACUGAGAAGCUGCAGCCAGUCAGGAGCCAUCCGGGUCACUGAGAGAGCCAGUGUGUGUGGAAGGGGGGCGGAGUCAGAACAGCCAUUCGUUCUGUGUAUAUUUUUUUUUCUGAUAAGGUGCCCGCUCAGAUGAGACAUUUGGACUGUUUCAAUUUUGAGCUGUGUCACCUGCUUCAAUAUAUUAGCAUAUAUUUAUUGGGUAUUUUUGUAUUUUUAAUUUGAAACGUUUGCGAGGUAGUGGCACUCAGCUUUUUUUAAAGUGUAUAAAUUGUACAUACAAUCAGCUUGUGAUUCAUAAUCUUUCCUCUUUGCUUCAACUUGGGAUCGCUCAAGUGUACAAUGCAUUUUGGUGUAAAAGGGGUUCUUUAUAAAUACAAGUCAAGCUUUCGUUCUGAAACGUAGGUCUGUGAUCGUGAACUUACAGUGCUUACAGCAGAAUUCUGCCAUACGGAUCCCUUUUUAUUUUUUUGGUUUUAGGAGAAGGAACUAGUAAAGCUGUGGUCAAGUCAAGUCACUGGACAUAUAUAUGUCUCCAGCAACAUGUUCCUUUGUCUUUGCUGGACUCUUAGAAUUUUCAGCAGAAGCACUACUCAUUAAAAUACAGUUCAUAUGCUGUUAAAGCACAAUCGUAAAUAUUUUUGUUUGAUUUCUUUAAAGAAUUAUGUUCUCUGUUCCGAGUUUUCAAAAUGGACAAAAUGACAUUAGGAAAAAAAUACUGAAUUCAUUGGGUGUUUGCUUUCCGCAGAAGCUGAGAAUCAGUCGGCAUUCUAUGCAUCAGAAGAUCAGAUUUUCUUUGCUUCGGCUUCUGGUCAUGUGCUGCGUGAUGCGUUUUGCUGCAGCUAAAUCAUUGGCUGGGCUAUUAAAGAUCUCCUACCUUUAGCAUUUUGGUAAUGAUGUUAAGGUUAAGUUGUAAUUAUUAAGUCCCGCCUGAAAGUUUCAUUGUCUGUCAGAUUAACAGAUAGAAUGGAUGAAUUGUAGAUGAUUAGAGAACACAGCGCUGCAGUAGGUUGAAGUGGAAGGAGAGAGCCAAAUUUGGUGAGCCAAAGAGUUUGAGUUUGAGGAGAGCCAAAGUGUUUGAGGAACUGUGUAUGGAUUUUAUGAAUUUGUGACAGACUGAAAUUACGUUAAUAAAUUACCCUCCACAGCGUUUAUAAAGAUAAAAAUAUAACAAUAAGGGAGUGAAAUCCACUCAGGGAGUUAAGUAGCAUAAACUUAACAGAUGUUAGGCUUGUGAGAAGGGGAGGGGGGAUCUGGGUUAGAAUUAUGCUCUCAGUUUAUUAUGUAUGAUUUUAAUCCUUUCAAGAAUAUCUUUGAUAUUUCUUGUUCUCGCUCUGACCUGUGGUAGGUGUCACGUGUGAGAAAGACACAGCCUUCUCACUGUAGUUCUCUGAGUUUUUAUCCUCAUUGUAUUUGUACCUGAACUAUCAUUUGUAGGAAAGCAGAAGCUUUGAGUGGACUGUUGUUCGUGUUGAUUGCACAUUCUCUGAAAUUGAUUAUUUUGUGUCAGUUCAGUAAUGUAUGAAAAGAUUUAGAAAUGUUUUAAAUGUGUGUGUGUGUGUGUGUGUGUGUAUGUUUCUGAGUGUGUGCGCGUGUGUGUGUUCAUGGCAGUACUAAGGAGGCAUAGAGAGCGGCACAUCUAAGGAACGAUGUCUUCUGUUCAUGUUCUCUUAAUCUGUCUGUCCUCAAACAGGUCCAGAGGGAAUUUAAAGAAGGGAAAGUGAACAUUGGUUCUUACAUCUACUUAGAACACUGCACUUAUCUGUUAACCUUAGGGACAAGUCUCAAGAAGGGGAAUAAAAUAUUGCAAUACAUUGUAGAUGUGAAUAUUUUGGAUUUUUCACAGCAGUGUUUUUACAAAAUACUUCCUCAUUUUUUUUUUUAUGUCUGUCCAUAUAUUGUGAAGUGUUUUCAGAUUUUGAUUAUGUAUUCAUUUUCAAUAUAUUGCAAUAUAUUCUAUUUUUUGUUUCUGGCACCAAUGAUCACUACUGGGAAUAAUGGCAGUGGUUUGAACAUUAGUCCUUGCAGAAUAGUGGAAUCAAACUGACAAAGCUUGUGGUUGUCAUUCUUCAGAUGCUUGUAUCAGAGACAGUACCUUUAGCUUAUCCAGUGCUUCAUUACGGGUGAUUAUGAAUCACAGUUGAGUGGCCAGUGCAUAAAACAAGGCUGUGCUGUUCAAAAUGGCCUUAUAAUGAAUGUAAGUGCUGCUCACUUUAUUUCUGAUUGUUAAAGAGAAAGGAGCUACAAUAAGCACAAUUUUGUACUAAUUAAAAUCAAUGUUUCUGGGUUGUGAUAUGUUGAGCAAAUCCAUAGUCAGUGGCUUGUUUAUUUGGAAUUUUGUUUCUCACUGUUGUUCCAGGUUGCAUUUGUAUGUCAGAAGUGGAACCAUUUUCCAGGUUAUUGUGUUUCUCUUAAAGGUUAAAGUUGACGCUCACCAUAGACUUUCAGCUACUUUCCUGGUCAGGUUCAGUGAAUAAAUGAAUAAAUGUAAUGGGUUUUAUUUAUUUACAAUAAAUAUGUUGUUUUGGAAAAAUGUAUGAUUUAUUUCUGUACUACUUGCCAAAUAUAUUUUGAGAUUGGAAAUCAGUACAUUUUGUUAAUCAAAGAAAAAACUAUGUUCCAAUUGAAUGACUUGGGAUUAUAACAUUUAUUCUGAUUGUC